GCUUAUUUAUUCGUGAGGUAACCGGACCCCAUUGGAUGAAUUCUUUUAUAAUUACUAUGGCAUAUGAAUUACUGCCGGAAUUUGAAAGCAUUCAGACAGGGUCUCUGGAAAAAACCAAUCAAAUUGUCCAUAAAUAUAAUGUUCUGGUUAAUCGAAUAUUUGAAUUUGGAUUACAAGAAUGUUUUGGAGAUAAACAUAUUUUGAAUGGAUCAGAAAUUAUGAACUUGUUAGGUAUCAAAAAGGGUGGCGUGCGUGUAAAGCAAAUGUUAGAAUUAGUGAUGGAAUGGCAGUUGGAAAAUCCAGAUGGAAGCGUGGAGCAAUGUAAAGAAUAUAUAAAAAAUAAAUAUGAUGAAACAGAGAAGCAGUAA